AGUUUUCUUCGUACUUCUCCAUCAGCCCUACUUCCGUUUACCAGUCCGCACAGUGGAAGUGCUUUAUAUACGCUUACAAAAAUGUAUACUAGUACAUUUUGUGCGUCGCAAUGGCAGCGUCUCCAGCAAGCAAGUUUGCAGGGGAAGCUCUCCCGCCUACCUUGACACCCGCUUGCCAGCAGCCACCUCUCUACGAUGGCGCAACCAGGUUGUACAUGGCGUACGUUUGCCCAUAUGCGCAGCGAGCAUGGAUCGCGAGGAACUGCAAGGGUUUGCAGCACAAGAUCUUGCUUGUCCCCAUCGAUUUGGCGGAUAGGCCAGCGUGGCUCAGAAAGAUUUACCCCAAGAAUCAGGUACCCUGCCUAGAGCACAACAACAAAAUGAUAGGAGAGAGUUUGGAUUUGAUCAAGUACAUAGACAGCAAUUUCGAAGGCCCCAAAUUGAGUCCUGAUGAUCCUGAAAAGCAAGGGCUUGCAGAAGAACUGCUGGCUUAUUCAGACACCUUCAAUCAAGCGAUGAUGUCGGCAUUGACCGCCAAGGGGGCAGUGACUGCUGAUGCUGAAGCUGCUCUGGACAAAAUAGAAACCUCCCUUUCAAAAUUUGAUGAUGGGCCUUUCUUUCUCGGCCAGUUCAGUCUGGUGGACAUCGCAUAUGCACCAUUUGUUGAUGGAUUCCAAGUAUUCUUUGCCAACAUAAAGAACUACGAUACCACGGCAGGAAGGCCUAACAUGCAGAAAUUCAUCAAGGAAAUGAACGGAAUUGCGGCGUAUGCGCAGACCAAGCACGACCCUCAAGAACUGCUUGCUCUCACAAAGAAGCUCGGGAUAUAAGGGUUUUCUCUUGGAUUUGGAUCGGCUGAUGACUGAUGAAGCAUCGCCAAUGCAUGCUGCGAGCGCAAUAAAUUGCUAUGUACUAUAACGCAAAUAAGUUGCGUCGAAUAAACAACAAAUUGCCUUUGCCUGGGUGCCAAGUUGUUCUUGCCAGUCACAGACGCUCCUACUAUUACCAGUCGUUUCCGUUUCAUAACGUUCGUUGUACUAAUACUGAGAGCCAAUGAAGAACAUAUUUCUUUGCA